AUGCCAUUUUUUCUCAUCUCUUCAAUUUUCUCCCACGUUCAUUUCGACCGGGCCCAGAAAAUGCUUCUGUCUCCGAUCCCAGAACAACCGGAAUUAGGGGAUCGAGCACCACCGACCGGGACUGUCACACCUAGCGCCACGGAACCCGAGCCGGACGAAGGUUAUAUCAGUAAGAAAAAGAUCAAACAACAAGAACGAACUCUCAAUCGUUUGGCGGAGACCGUGGCCGCGUUACCCAAUCCGAAAGUGUUUCGUCGACCGUCCGCACGACAGCCAAGUCGUCGAAAACCGCACUCUGCACGAAACGCAGCUCCUUCUAAGGGAUCACCAUCCAAGGCUGGAGCAGCCACAGCAGAACUGUGUAAGUGUCUCCGGUUAUUGUGUCCGGCUACUUCUUGUUCGAAAUGGUUGAUUGUUGAUGAUGGUGCACACAAUGCUUUGGAGCCACAAGCUAUUUCACGUGUCCAGAAAAACUCACAGUCUGAUCGGAAUUAUGAUCCAACACAAUUAUUAGGUUCAGUAGUGCACAGAUGA